AUGUCUGAGGAAGAAGAACAUUGCACUGAUGUCGAUAUAUCAGAUAUCAUAGAUGAUUCAGAAAACAUUGGAGACAGUGAAUUUUUAGGUACAGAGGUUACAGACUCAGAGUUAAGUAUAAUUCAAGAUUCAGAAAAUAUAAACUCUGAAGAAACUGCAUCCGAGAGGAAAGUUUCAAAUACAGUUAAAGUUGACUCGGUCAAGUCUACUAGGUUGCCGAUGUCGAGAAUUAAAAAUAUCAUGAAAAUGGACCCUGAUGUUAGUAUAGUAAAUGCUGAAGCGGUCUUUCUAGUUACUAAAGCUACUGAAUUAUUUUUAGAAACAAUAGCAAAAGAAACAUAUUCGUAUACAGUGCAGCAUAAGAGGAAGACGAUAUCAAAGAAAGAUCUAGAAGUAGUUAUCAAUAAGGUGGACUGUUUGUGUUUUUUGGAAGGAGCCAUGGACUUCUAA